GACGUGCAGUCUUGAUUUUGGUUUUUCUUUUCUGCGGACCGUUGUGCAACACCCAGACGGAUACCCACCGCGCACACUCCACACCCACCCACCCACACAUACCCACGAGAACCGUAGCGACUUCAUCUGGUGUGCCACGCGUCAGCUCUCUCUCUCCCCUCUCCCCCAUUCAACACACACGCGUGUUGACGUCUUGGUGGUGCAGUGGCAUCUAUAGGUGAGGGUCCGUUGCGAGCUGGCCGCACCGACACCUUUGUUCGAGAAGACGAAAAGUGAUUCAAGAAGAAAAUCAUAUCGCGUUCCCUUUUUGUGGCUUCCGCACACACACGUACGCCCCGUCGUCGGACUCGGCAAACAUCACCAGCAUAUUAUAAUAAUUGAAAAAGAAAGGAGGAAGAAUCACCUCUUGAGCAUCGGGUCUGUCGAGCAAGAAGCUUAAAACCCACAAAAACGCCCACCCGCAAGGAAGCGACAUCAAAGAGAUGUUUGGCGACUCGUACAAGAACGACGGCACCGCCGGGGACGCCGCGGAGGGCGGCCACAAACGCGUUGUCGCCACUGCAAAGUCGCUUGUGCCACAGGCAGCGAGUCCCACCGCUGACGCUGCUGGUGGUAGUGGUGCGGACGCCAACGGCCAGCCGCAGGCUCCGCACACCGUCAAGGACAUUAUCAAGACCCUCGAUGAGGAGCAGGACGUCAGCGGACCGAAGGGCGGGUGCUGCUCCCGCAUCUUCGUACCCUUCGUGGUGGCCGCCAUGAUCAUCAUCAUCUUCGGCGCCAUUGUCUACACAAACGGCACGGGCAGCGACGUCGAGGCCGCGCCGCGGGUCGCCGUCAUUGUGAUGGAAGGCUUCUCCGGCACCAUCUUCCACGCCCUCAUGCAGUCCGGUGUGCAUCUGCCCAACAUUGCCGCGAUGCUGUCUACGCAGAAAGGAGUCUGGGCUGAGUGCGCCACCGCCUCGCAGUCCAGCUGCGCCCGCGCGGUGGUGGUCGAGAACGACACAUCCGGUGAGGUGUACAUCAGCGCCGCGGCUGCCGCGACGUCCAUCUUCUCCGGCGUGUCGCCCCGCGCCCAUCAAGUGUCCAACGGCACGCUGCAGGGCAUGUCGAUGUACGCGACGACUUCCAAAGUCUACCCCAGCUUUGCGAAGCGCGUGCGGGAUGCCGGGAAGCGGGUGGCAGUGAUGGCCAGCUCGCACGUGCUGAACUCGUUAAACAUCGCGACGGGUGGGUGCAGUGAGCCGGGGGUUCUCGACAUGGAAUGCGCCGCGUCGCAGGCGGACAUCCUCGCCUCCGGCAUCGACGAGUUCUCCGGCAACGUUCACCUCGACUGUCUCGCCUCCUCCACCUGCAACGCGAACAGCCGUAUUGUCAAGACGGCGACGAACCACAUGCAGUGCAGCGACGGCCACGCCGAGGCGCAGUACUCCCGCCAGCUGAACAGCCUCUUCGGCGGCCUCGCCUACACCGCGCCCACGCAGAAGAUGGCUGUGCAGAACACGGUCGCCGACAACCUCGACGACUCGCUUUUCGUCUUCCACUGGGACGCGCUGGCGGUGCGUGCGGCGAGCCCCUACCUGCCGGAGUUUCGCUACAACGUCUCGUCGCAGGAGUACAUCGCCCAGGCCUACCUGCUCGAUGCAAUGGUUGGCCAGGUCAUCAGCUACGUGCGUGACCGCUCGCGCAGUCAGAAGGAGAACUGGCUCGUCAUCGGCCUGGCCGAUCACGGGGGCAGCGACAAGAGCUUCAGCACGCCCGUCUCCCUUUCUACCUCCGAGGACGCCAUUCCGUUUUUCAUGGCCACCUACACGUCCAACUCGAAGGGCUUUAUUACCCUGGCCGCGCUCGAGCGCCCGGUGACGCAGGUGGAUGUCCUGCCGACGGUGCUGACGUGGCUGAACGUGGCGCCCUACGAUGGUGAGACAAACAAGGUAGUGAACGGCAAGAACACGACGGCGGCCAGCCCCAAGGUGGAGGCGCAGGUGGCGGAGCGCAAGAUGUUAGAGGGCCUCGUGCAGGGCAUCUGCGGCUCCGGCAUGAGCCUGACCGACUGCGCUACCUAA